AUGACAUCCGACGGCCCUCUGGCUAUUGUCACAUACCGGAGGCGCGAGAGUAGUCACCACGACGUAGCCGUUAUCGACAUAGCCGCCGUCACCGUAAGCCUCGGGGUUAGUUUCGCAGCUGCGGCCGUCCAGCUGGGCUUGUUCCUGGACGGCACACUUGUCCUGGCGGCGACGUGGGGAUCGUCCCCGCAGCUGCGAGCGUCGAGUUCAGCCCCGGUGCUGGAGGUGGGCAGAUUGGGUCAUGGAAUAGCCCACCAACUACGGCAACUGCGGUCUUGA